AUGCCACCAAUCAGGAAUCGGACUCGUGUUAAUCGACAGUCCUACUAUGAUUCUCUUCCAGAAAAUUGGUCUGUUAAAAAACUUAGAGACGAAUUGAGAUUGAAAGGCAUCACACAGCCACAGAAUACCAGACAUAGUGUACUAGUGUCUUUAUAUAAGCAAACCGUGACUACAAAUGAAGAGACAAGAACAGCGCUAGAAUCGAGACGUCAAGAAACAGUUACACCCAACCAAGACGUUAGAACAGAACUACUAGGCGUGGUUAAGGAUCUUACAUCAACAGUACAGAGCCUACAAAGCAGCAUGAUUUCCUUGACGGAAAGAGUCAACACCAUGUCUCGACCGCAAACGUCUAUACCAGCGGCUGCUGGCAGCGCAGAACAAUUACGCCAGUCGGGGGCCCAAACAACCACUUCACGAAAUGACUCUACUCCCGUGAUAUCAGGAACUCCUCGAGAGACGAGGGAAACAGAAAAUUACACUCUCACAACAGCAUGGGCUGACCAAACAUCGCCAAAACCCAUGGGAGUCAGAACUACAUAUGGAUAUUCGGCGGAAUCACUUCCUUAUGUAGAAACAAUUUCACCGAAUCUUCGGAAACAGAUAAUAGAAGAUGGACAAAUUUCGAAAACUAGCUCCAGAGGCGGACAAACAAGCCACAACUUGUCUUCCAUACCACAUGAUGACUAUGUAGAAGAGAUAAAGACUCUAUGGGAUGCAGCAGUAAGCCAACAGACAGCGAGAGCAUAUUCCACGGGUAUUCAACACCUUUUAACCUUUGUAACUUUGUGUGGCAUAGCAGUACCAGUAGGUACUUUAUCUGAUUUAAGUGAAGAUGUACUUAUAAAAUUUGUAUCUUAUUGUCAUUACUCUUUAAGUCUAACAUUCUCUAACAUUAAGCUGUAUUUGGCUGGCAUAAGAUUCCAUUAUCUUAAAGCUGGACACAGUAAUCCUUUUAAGGAACAUGACAGACUAGACUGCAUUUUACGUGGCAUUAAAAGACUUCAAUCAAAUGUUUCAAAACCUAAAAGAUUUCCGGUUACAUAUCAAAUAUUAUGUCAAAUGGUUAAUAGGUUGAAUGGAUCAAUUUUUUCACCAUUCAUAGAUUUUAUGUUAUCAUGUUGUUCUCUCAUGGCUUUUUUUGGAUUUCUCCGUUGUGGAGAAUUUACUGUAAAGAGUAGAAAUGUAGACAAUGAUUUUCUUAGAAUGAGAGAUGUUAUAGUACAGAGAGAUAAGCUGUCUUAUAUCUUGUGUUUGAAAUAUUCAAAAACUGACCCUUUUCGUCAAGGCGUCUUCAUUCAUGUUUUCAACAAUGAACAUACUAAACCGGUAAAUAUUAUGCAUGAGUACUGCCAGUUACGUAUUUCACAAGGUGCUGAACCAAAUUCACCUUUGUUUGUUGAUUCUGAUGGUUCACCUUUGUCAAGAAAUCAAUUUAUAUCUUAUAUAAGACAUGUAAUGGCUGUUUUAGGUUAUGAUGAUGCAAAAUAUUGCGGUCAUUCAUUUCGAAUAGGUGCUGCCACUUCUGCGGCUGAAGCUGGUAUAGAAAACCAUCUUAUACAGACUCUAGGGCGUUGGUCAUCUAAUUGUUACAUGUAUGUCAGGUACAUAAGAACUGAUGAAAAAGUGCUUAAAGAAGCACAAGAGAAAAUGUGUAAUGUGAAGAGAUCUUAGUUGUACAAAGUUUUACAAGUUGAUUGAUAUACCAGUAUGUCUGUUACUCCAUUUUAAUCAUUGUAUUGUUUUGGCAUUUCAUUUUCUUUGGGGGCUCUCACUCAUUUAAACAAGAUUAAACUCGUUCAUUUUGGACAUUAAAAUUCCUAUGUAUUUGGAAUUUUUUCAAACCCCCAAAUUCAAAUAAAGCAAAGGCUUAUUAAAGCUUUAUUAUUAAAAAUUACAAAUUGUGUACUCAACACACAUAAUGCCUGCUGUAUUCUUACCAGGCUUUAAUUUCACAUUUAGUAACCUGCCGGGCUCCCCCAGGUACUUAAAUUAUCAUCAACCUGCUGGGCUCCCCCCAGGUUGAUAGAGUACACCCAAAAAUUUUUGCUUUGAUUGGUAUCGAUGAUUGCCUGCCGGGCUCCCCCCAGGUAAUUAGACUACGAACCUGCUGGGCUCCCCCAGGUUCUGGGAUACCAAAUGAUAACCUGCUGGGCUCCCCCCAGGUUUUAAGACACAUGAUAACCUGCUGGGCUCACCCCGGGUUUUUCAAUGGAUUUUGAAUUAGAGAGAGCAGCCCCCAAGAUGCCAAAGUUUUUUGUAUUACUUUUGUUUUUUAUUAACAGUAUUUGUUUUUUAAUCUGUACUGUUAAUUUGCUUUGUAUAUAGUGUUGAUUACAUAUGCCUUUGUUCAUCUGAAUAAAUGUAAAACUUU